UAGCUCGGCGUGGCAUGUCGUCUCUUCGCGUGAACUGAGCCACUUCAGCGUUUGUUUAUCUUGUGCUUAGUGUGUAAGCGAAGUGCCCAUGACUUGAACCCAGUUCAAGUAUUGUUCCAGGUACAAGCACACACACUUACAAGCUAACGUGUAUAUUCUAUAUAAAUACAUAUCUACUUGAUUUAUAUAUACAAACGAUAUACGUAAGUACGCGCGUACACGCUCGGUAUCGCGGUGUCAGUGAUUUUAAUUGCGAAUUACUUAAAAGUGGCUAAUAAUACGAAAUGUGAAGCAUAUCGUGCCGUGGGAGCGUGUGUGGGUUUUUUAAUUUUGACUUCAUUUUGAUAAAUAAUGUGGCUACUUAGCUUUGAAAAGUGAAUUACGGAAGCACAUCGUACGAGCGUCCACAGGUAUACAUACAUGUGUGUAUGUGUGUGCGACCGCGUUAGUGCUGAAAUAUAUACAUAUAUAUGUAUGUGUAUGUGUGCGUUUGCUUGUCUUUAAUGCCAAGAAAAGUAAACGAUGAGAAGAAUAAAGAAAAACGUGAGCACAGCGAGAUCGAUCAAACCUGUUCCCGUUGGAUUGCGGCUUAAGUCCUCAGUUUGUGUGUGCGUUUGACCGCAAGAAAAGCUUAACGGCGACGCUGCAAGAAACUACCAACAAACCACAAAAACAAAACAACAACAAUAACAAAUAAGAACACAAUGCGAAAGCAAUGAGCAAAUGAACUGAUUUCGGUCAGGACAAAAUGCAAAUAUGCCAAACGUUAUAUACUGUUUGUUAUAUACCAACUGCUUGACUACAUGAAAUCAGCGACGCAGACGGGAGAAGUAUUCGGUGGCUAAGUAGUGAACUCUUACCAAACUUUACAAUUGUCACGGUUUCGUCGCAACUCAUUUUGCCGCCAACACAUUCAUUCGAGUUCCGCUUUGAUCAUACGCGUACAUACCGUAAUUAGCAAUCUCAUGUACAGCUGUAGGUAUGCACAUAUGUAUGUAUGAGUAGUGGGCUCUUGCCGAUAGUGUUUGCGUCAGUGAAUGAAGGUAAUUAAACGAUCCGCAUGGCAUUCAUUUCCUGAGAUGACUUUCGAAAUGAAAAAAAGAUGGUCGAAGCUUUGUGACCAACGGAAGCUGGUGUAAGCAAUGACGAGAAAAGAAAGUUUACGUCGAGAGUCCAUAUUAACACACGCAUACUCACAUCAUAAUUGUAGUAUCGUGCUAAACAAGGAAGCCGGAAUUUAAGCAUAAGUAACUAAAACGGAACAAAAUAAAAAGAUUCAUUAUAAUAAAACCGGCUGCAAAUGUUGACCUAGUAAAGAAACUUCAAUGCCGCGUAAUAAUAAAAAAGACGCGAACCGUUUUCCACUAUCCUCUAAAUUAAGCUCCUUAACCUUUGAAAAUCUAAGUGAUUUUGGAGAUUCCCUUUGGAAAAAUGUCAGAAAUUGCUAGAAAUGAUGCCAGUACCGAAUCACUUUGCACCGUAAUAGAAAACUUCAGAGAAGAUAGUAACAUUAAUCCCAAUCGAAACUCUAGUAGUAACGCCUGCAAAAGUUCUAGUGCAGACAACAACGUAGCUGAAGGUGUUACUCCCACACAAAAUAUUGUUAACUUAACCGACAAUACCGAAACGAAAAAACAUUACACAAACGACAAUGACGAGUGCGAGUCUUCAUAUGAUAACUGUGAUAUCUCACAAGAUGAGUCGAUUCCAUCCAUAUCGGUCUCUGAUAAGUCGAGCACUAAGCUGAAGAAAUCGGUCUCUUUUGAUCCACAAGAUGAGAAGGUGCGCAAAUUUAUAGAGGGUGAACCAAUUGUAGACCAAAAAAAUCCAUUUAAACAGCAUUAUCCCACGUGGGGCAACUCAGCGAAGAAGAAGAAAGUACCACCGCCUGUUCCAGCCAAACGAUCGACAUUGAGUGUCCGGAAAACGGUUACACAACAAUUACGAGAAAGGGAACGCGAAAAGGAAAAGGAAAAAGAACGAAUUAAAAACGAAACUAAUAAUCGAAAGUCAAGUUCGGGUAUUAAUGCCAAUUUGCCAUCGCCUGACGACUUCGUUACUACUGAAGAGGUUCUCAAACAAUCUAAAUAUGUUAAAACAUAUGUAAAAAACCCCGAUCCAUAUUUCGUUUACGACCCUUCCAUACUUGCUCGGCUUAAAUGCGAGGAAACGCGUGAUGUUAGUGAUAAGAAGCCUUUGAAAAAACUCCGUCUAACAAAUCAAACUAAAGAUCGUAUUAAGGAUUUGAAAAACAAACCCUCGAUAGAAACAUCGUUUUCACAUUCAAAGCUUCCCUUCAAGAAAUGUUCAAAACCAAAUUACCCUGAUCUCUCUGACAUCAAGAUCAAAGUUGGUACCGACUUGGAUGGAAUUUUUUUCAAUCCAGCCGAAGUUACUAAGAAUGCAAAAAAAUUCGACGACAGAGUGAAAAAGCUGCAAAUAAGUUCGGAUGAUGAUUUGGAUGAAAUAGAUUGUCCCUUAACAAAAAGUGAAUCGAGUGACGAGGUGACCCCGAACUUAGUUAAUAUAAAGAAAGUAAACAUAGCAUCGGAACAGCCCAAAAACGGCAACAUUGAAAAUAUGGAUGACAAAGGUACAUUUAAAGAGGCCACCGAAGGUACAUUUACCAACACAAUAAAAUCUAAAGAGUUCCAUGAUUACCUAGAGAAGAAAGGCCUUACUUUGAUACCCAAAAAAAUUCCGAAUGGCGCACAAUCUGUAUAUGCAAAUGACAGACACAUAACUAAAUCUGAUGCUCGUAUCACUUUUAAAAGUCCGGAGAGCGUACAGAUCUCAGUCGAUACUACGGACUCUGGGCGCAAUUGUAAAAAGCCCUCAGUAUUUCAACGUCUACUUUCAAAUAGUAUUUUUGCUGCUAGACGUAAAACAACACCCAAAGACAACGUUCCUACUCCCAAAUCACUAAACAAUUACAAUACGAAUUUCAAAGAGAAUAUUGAUAGCCCGCAGUCUUCACUUAAACGAGUGGUUUUAGAGAGACAAAGUUUCCACGGACGCCCGCAUGCAAGUAAUAAUCUGUUAAGUCCCACCGAAACGGAGUACCUAAAACAUCAACAGCAACAUUCCCGCAGGAGUUUUGCAAGUGGGGAGAACUUAUCCAAUCCACUAUCUACUGUCUUAAAAAAUGCAGAAGGAGAUGCACAUGCUUCAUUCAUAAAACCUGCGAGACGCACAAAUUCCAGAGAGAGACUGGGGACCUCCACACCAAACAAACCACCACAAAAUAACAUCAUAUUAAAACCAAAGGCACAACGACUUCAGGCUAUAAGUAAUACAACGAAUAUGACGACGGGAAGGGAAGGCCUUGAGAAUGUGUCAAAUGGUACGUUAAAGCGAGGGGUUGAGCGCCAAAGUCUUAUACCAAAACGAUCGAAUCAAACCUUGAAUCGCAAGCAAAUGUUUAACCGUUCCAGUUCAAUGGAUCGUAAUGAAAUAUUGAAGAAGAGACUAUUACGUGAGCUUCAGAAUAAAUCGAAAAGUGACAACGAGGCUUCUAAGGUUUCAACGCCCUUCACCUCUAAGGAAAACAUAGGAGAACAAUUUUCUACAAUAAAUGGACCCAAAUCAACUUCCACUCCAAUCCGCAAUGCUAGUAAUGAUAUCGACAACCGCGCUUUUACUCACAGCAUAAACCCGACAAAUAAAGUUUACGUCGACCAACAAGAGUGGGAGCGACUGAAAGCAUUGAAAGAUCGUAUGGACAAUGAGCUAUACCUGAAGAUGUUACAAGAACAGAAGCGGCAGCAAGAUACAGAAAAUAUAUACGAACAUCUCCAGCCACAAAAAAUAUUGAUUACGCAACCUACUAAUAUAUCCACACAGCCGAUAACAUUGGAACCAAAUUUUAUUCGCGGAUCUCCACAACGGAACACCUUCGCAGGCUUGACUAAAAAUCGCCAAGCUAAGAUUAUUGACGGCAGAGCACUAAUGCCAACAGCGUUCCCUGUAACCAUUCAGUUAGUUACUGAUAUUAAGGAAGAUGUUUCGGAAACUACCCCUCGUAGUCAAAGCGUCCUGGACAAUAUGACCUAUGGUUGUAGGAACGGUAAUAUUAACAGGAAGGGCUACGAAAUCGACAUGGGCACGCCAGUUGUUCUACGACGAAAAGAUAGCAAAAUAACCGAAUCGGUAUGUAAUCCAGAACAGCGUCGCAUCGGUGGUAUACUAACCAGAGACGAGAUAUUACAAAAGGUUAAGGAUUUUUGUAGGAAAUCCCUAAAUAAAACUCCUACUAUUCAACAACACCAAACAAGGGUAAUUCACCAUAAACAAGCUGGUUCAUCGGAUUUAUCUCCAGUAUCUUAUGCGUCCGUGGAAACGAACCAGCGACCUGCUUCCCGAAUGUAUGCGGCUCCGCAAGUCCCUCAACGUAUGCAGAGCUUGCCGCAACAAUUCAUACCCAUAAAUACGGCGCAAAUGAUAAGCGCGGACAUGAAUCCGAAUACAGUAUCACCAAUCUAUGCGCAUGUUGUGAAGAGGAGUAGUUUACUAUCGAACAAUUCGGAAAUUUACGACAGUCCGCAAAAAAUUAACCUGAUACGACGAGAUCUUGAAACUCCAGCAAUAUAUGUAGAGCAUGGAAAUUUAACGACUCCGCAAUACAUGCUCGUCGAAGGUGAUAAAAUCGUACCAGCGAAACAAAUAAUCGGCUAUUAUCCCGGGCAGAAUGAUAUCUACGCCCAACCACAUUACGUUCGGCCAUACAAUUUGCAACCCGUUCCGGGCGCUUAUGGCUACAUAAGUGUUCGGGAACCUCUUUCGAAUCAACAUUUACAACAAAGGUUGUACAAUGGGCGAAGUACUCCAUUGAUACUUGAUCAAUCAAGUCAACAGACGAGUCAAAUAUAUUGGACGCCACACAAUCAGCGGUUGCAGCAGCAUUCAGGACUACAUCCAGUGAACAUUGGUAGUCCGUGUUAUAUGCUAAAGCAACUACAACCUCCGUCCACAGCUAGAAUGGAGCUUCCGCAUAGAAAUAAUCUAAAAACCAUUCCGAAUGCUACUAACCUCCAAAUACAACAGCCAACGGCAAUGGAAAAUGGAACACCAAACAAUCGACAGUCCCAGGCUAAACCAACACCGAGGAAGUUGGAAGAUUUGAACCAACAACAUUCCUACGAUUGGGAGAGUGGCUCCGAAGCUGGCGAGGUUCGACGUAUCUUAGAGAAUACGGGGAACAGCGGUGAGUUCAGAGGAAGUCAUUUAAUAAGAAAUCUCAAAAAUAAACUAUCUCGACUAUUUUCUUGAAAUAAUAUCUAUUAUAUACAUCUAGAGUAUAUCUCUAUAUUUUAGAAGUUUUCAAAUAUUCAUAAUUGUUUUACAUAUAUUACAUCUACAUUUAAUGAUAGCUAAUCCGAGCUAAUACUAUCAAUUCAUCUGAAUUAAAUUUUAGACUCUGUCACAUGUUUUAUACAAGGAUAGUUUUAUGGAAAGCAAGAACCGAGGAGAGAGGAUCAUCGCACAUACAUAAAUAAUGCUUAAUG